AUGCGGUCAGACCAGCCAAGGACGCCAAGACUUCGACGGAAGAAAGCGACGGCUUGUCAAAGAUGCAGAGCGAGAAAGCAACGGUGCGAUGGUCAGAACCAGGGUGCUUGCCGGAACUGCAGGUCAGCCAAAGCUGCUACUAAUGAGCCUACUGACACGUACUCGGUCUCGUAUGUCGAGGAUCUUGAGCAACAGGUCGCGAAUUUACAUGCUCGCCUCCCUGAACAAACUUCUGAGACAACGGCCCAAGUUCAUACUGGUCCUGGUACGCUUCUGGCUCCAAACACACAAGCGAACAUUUACGCAGAGGUCCAGGGCUUCAAUGAUCCUAUAAACGCAUUUUAUCUGCCCCCAAUACACUCCCACGGGAACACAGACUUUCCCUUUGACUUCUCAUACCCAGACGAGAACCUGUUCUCUAUCGUCCAGGAACCAACCACACAGGUAAAUAACACGGUGGAACCAAGAAGCUACGAAUUAGACACUUCGCAAUCCAUAGACGCAUCAGCGGACGCCGCAAUGGCUGAUGUUUCGGUUCGCGAAGGCGCUUCGUUCUUCCAAACGUACUUUGAGACCAUUCACCCUCGCUAUCCCUUUCUCGACGUAGAGGAGUGCAGCACGGCAUAUCUCAAAUGGAAAACGGGCGAGAUGAAAAUCUGUAGCAACAAAGACUGGCCCAUGUGUCUUCUCAAGCUUAUCAUUGCCAACGGUGCCAUUCUACAACUCGCAUGGCUCGAUCACACAGGCCGCCGACAGCGCCAGAAGUUGGAUGUUGAAGAACAAAACAUUUUAUCGGAUACUUCUUUUAACCCAUCUAGGAGACUUCAGGUUUUGCUUCUCCAAGCGCUCCUUGCGCUCCAUGGCGAAACCACUGAGCGGGUUGUGCAUAUUGUUGGUGUGGCGAUGCGGUUUGCCAUCCUGCAUGGCUUUCAUCGUCUCACCAACGAUGGGACUCACGAAGCAGAUAUGAAGAUCAAAGCUUGGUGGUCCAUAUACUGCCUGGACAAAGUUGCGGCGAUAACAUUACGCAUUCCUCCCUAUCCGCCGGACGAAUGGAUUGAGACACAAUCAUAUGAAGCCAAGCCUGACCCUCAAUUCUUCAUGCCCUGGGCUGCUGACAUACCGGGUCUCUCAGACGGAGUGCUAUACAGUUUCGAUCUACGUUACUUUGCCCAUAUGUGCAGGAUCAGACGGCUUCACUCGGAGAUACUUACCGCAAUGCGAAGACUGCCUCCCGAUUCCGAGAUCUUACGUCUACGUGGGUUGCGAGCCGAGAUCGACAAAUGGACUAAAUGUGAGGAGGUUUUCGCUAAUGGAGAGGGGCAUGCAAGUCCUCUUGGCGUGGUUUAUGUUGGACACAUGACCCGAUUCCUACUGUACAGCUCUGUCUCCGUUGAGGCCUCACCGGAAGUCGUGGAUGAACUUCUUCAAGUCUGCUGUGACGCCUGUGCAACCUUUAGGGCUCUCCAAAAGAGAAAACAUCUGCCCAGACAUUGGUUUGAUAUGCUCUUCAUAUUCCAAAUAGGUGUCACAAUGAUAUACAUCGUCUGGCGCCGGAACGUUACAGUAUCAAAGGCUAUUGACCGUGCUAUUAGAGACUGUACGGCAAUACUCUCCAUUUUCGCUGACCGGUCGCAGAAUGCAGACGUGUACCGCGACUGCAUGGACCUUCUUGCGGGCAGUGUAUCGAGAGCUGCUCAGCCUGUGAACAUCGACGCGGAAUCGAGGCGAGAGUUGGUAGUGCUAGUCGGCCAAAUUGAGGAAAACAGACUGGCUUCUCAUAUACAUUCCCAGCUGUUAGAUAUGUGUAGGGACAACACGAGUGAUGGUCAAUAA